AUGUCUCACUUCUUAGACAGCGUUUCCACCAUCAUUACUGUCUUUCACCAACACGCAAAGGAAGAUGGAGACCAAUCCAAACUCAACCGAAGGAAGAUGAAGGAGUUCAUCCAGAAGGAAUUUGCAGAUGCCAUAGUGAACCCACAUGACCCUCAGACAAUUGACAAGAUUCUGCAGUUUCUGGAGUGGGAUGGGGAUGGGGAAAUCGAUUUUAAUGAGUUCCUGCUUUUAGUAUUCAGAGUGGCUAAGGCCUGCUACUGGUACCAGCAGAAGGGACGAUGCCUUCUGCAAAGAACAAAGCUGGUAACCAGCAGCAAGACAGUCCAAGAGCCUGAAAUUAGGAACGGAGGGAGCCGUCAGCAGUUCCAGGAAGAGGAAUCACGAACACUUGAACGCAAUCGCCAUCCCCCCUGCAUACCUGAGCCACAACGAGACACCAGGGCCCAGGAUCUUGAGACACAAGAGGAGACGGGAAGUCAUCGCCAGCAACGUAACACACAAAGUAGAGCUGAUGCAAGACAAAGCACCAGGCCAAGGGAAAUGACCCCUCAGGAAUAUGAAGAACAAAACCAAGAGCCAUGCGACCAACGAAGCAGCCGAAGACAUCAGCCACCCGAGCUGGACAGACUGGGAGAUUUACAAAACCACAAGCGUGGCAGCUUGAGGACUGCGCAGAGAGAUGAAAGACAAAAUCAAGAAAAGCCUCAACGAGAGCAACUAGCAGACGUGAGGAGCUGCAGCCAUUCCUGUGAACCACAGUUGCUGCCAGACCGGCGGAGUGGCCGUCAGCCACGUGAAUCAACAUUGCCAGUGUAUGAUCAAAGAAACCAUCGACCACAAGAUCAAGAGGCAGUGGCACAUGGGAGAAGCAGCCGUCGGCCACAUGAGCCAGAAGAAGCAGAUAGAGGAACGUGCAAUCAAAUGCAAAAGCCUGAAUUACUCAAAGAAGACAGAAGCCGCAACCACCUACGUGAGCUGGAACAAAAAGAACUUGAAAGAAGCAGCCGCCAGCCGUGCAAGUCUGAAUACAUGGAUUCAGAAAGGCUGCAUCAGUCAUACCUCCAGGAACCGCUAGUAAUAGACCGCAGAUACAAUAACACAAGGGAGCUAGAAGAAGACAACUAUGAACAAGGGAAAACACAGAAGGGCAGGAGAUCACAUGAAUCCACAACGUAUGAAAGGACAAGAAAAGACAUUGUGGCUGAAGCUGAAGCUGAUGUGGAGAUCCAACAUGUGAUACGAAACAGGGAGAGAGAAGUAAGGAGACCCCGUGAAUCAGUGAGGAGGACUGAGCAGAUACGGGAGGAUAUUGUGGCUGAAGCUGAAGCUGAUGUGGAGAUCCGCCGUGUGACCCAAGAAAGGGACAGAGAACAGGCCAGGAGACCCCGUGAAACAGGCAGGUACGUGAAGACACGGGAGGACAUUGUAGCUGAAGCUGAAGCAGACGUGGAGAUCCGACGUGUCUCCGGGGAACGGGAGAGACAAGAGGAAGCCAGGAGACCCCGUGAAUCCAUAAGGAAUGAACGAAUAAGGGAGGACAUUGUAGCUGACGCUGAAGCUGAUGUGGAGAUCCGACGUGUGAGCCAAGAAAGGGACAGAGAACAGGCCAGGAGACCUCGUGAAACAGGGAGGUACGUGAAGACACGGGAGGACAUUCUAGCUGAAGCUGAAGCUGAUGUGGAGAUCCGUCGUGUGAGCCAAGAAAGGGACAGAGAACAGGCCAGGAGACCUCGUGAAACAGGGAGGUACGUGAAGACACGGGAGGACAUUCUAGCUGAAGCUGAAGCUGAUGUGGAGAUCCGUCGUGUUUCCCGGGAACUGGAGAGACAAGAGGAGGCAAGGAGACCCCGUGAAUCCAUAAGGAAGGAACGGAUAAGGGAGGACAUUGUAGCUGAAGCUGAAGCUGAUGUGGAGAUCCGUCGUGUGACCCAGGAAAGCAAGAGAGAAGACGAAGCCAGGAGACCCCGUGAAUCAGUGAGGAGGACUGAGCGUAUACUGGAGGAUAUUGUAGCUGAAGCUGAAGCUGAUGUGGAGAUCUGUCGUGUGAGCCAAGAAAGGGACAGAGAACAGGCCAGGAGACCCCGUGAAACAGGCAGGUACGUGAAGACACGGGAGGACAUUGUGGCUGAAGCUGAAGCAGACGUGGAGAUUCGCCGUGCUUCCAGGGAACGGGAGAGACAAGAGAAGGCAAGGAGACCCCGUGAAUCCAUAAGGAACGAACGGACACGGGAGGACAUUGUAGCUGAAGCUGAAGCUGAUGUGGAGAUCCGCCGUGUGAGCCAAGAAAGGGACAGAGAACAGGCCAGGAGACCCCGUGAAUCCGUGAGGUACGUGAAGACACGGGAGGACAUUGUAGCUGAAGCUGAAGCUGAUGUGGAGAUCCGUCGUGUUUCCCGGGAACUGGAGAGACAAGAGGAGGCAAGGAGACCCCGUGAAUCCAUAAGGAAGGAACGGAUAAGGGAGGACAUUGUAGCUGAAGCUGAUGUGGAGAUCCGACGUGUGAGCCAAGAAAGGGACAGAGAACAGGCCAGGAGACCCCGUGAAUUCGUGAGGUACGUGAAGACACGGGAGGACAUUGUAGCUGAAGCUGAAGCAGACGUGGAGAUUCGCCGUGUUUCCCAGGAAUGGGAGAGACAAGAGGAAGCCAGGAGACCCCGUGAAUCCAUAAGGAAGGAACGGAUAAGGGAGGACAUUGUAGCUGAAGCUGAUGUGGAGAUCCGCCGUGUGACCCAAGAAAGGGACAGAGAACAGGCUAGGAGACCCCGUGAAACAGGCAGGUACGUGAAGACACAGGAGGACAUUGUGGCUGAAGCUGAAGCUGAUGUGGAGAUCCGUCGUGUUUCUCGGGAACUGGAGAGACAAGAGGAAGCCAGGAGACCACGUGAAUCCAUAAGGAAUGAACGAAUAAGGGAGGACAUUGUAGCUGAAGCUGAAGCAGAUGUGGAGAUCCGUCGUGUUUCUCGGGAACAGGAGAGACAAGAGGAGGCAAGGAGACCCCGUGAAUCCAGAAGGAGCGAACGGAUAAGGGAGGACAUUGUAGCUGAAGCUGAAGCUGAUGUGCAGAUCUGCCGUGUGAGCCAAGAAAGGGACAGAGAACAGGCCAGGAGACCCCGUGAAACAGGCAGGUACGUGAAGACACGGGAGGACAUUGUAGCUGAAGCUGAAGCUGAUGUGGAGAUUCGCCGUGUUUCCCAGGAAUGGGAGAGACAAGAGGAAGCCAGGAGACCCCGUGAAUCCAUAAGGAACGAACGGAUAAGGGAGGACAUUGUAGCUGAAGCUGAUGUGGAGAUCCGCCGUGUGACCCAAGAAAGGGACAGAGAACAGGCUAGGAGACCCCGUGAAACAGGCAGGUACGUGAAGACACGGGAGGACAUUGUGGCUGAAGCUGAAGCAGACGUGGAGAUCCGCCGUGUGACCCAGGAACGCAAGAGAGACGCCGAAGCCAGGAGACCCCGUGAAUCCAUAAGGAAUGAACGAAUAAGGGAGGACAUUGUAGCUGAAGCUGAAGCUGAUGUGGAGAUCCGCCGUGUGACCCAAGAAAGGGACAGAGAACAGGCCAGGAGACCUCGUGAAACAGGGAGGUACGUGAAGACACGGGAGGACAUUGUGGCUGAAGCUGAAGCAGACGUGGAGAUCCGUCGUGUUUCCCGGGAACUGGAGAGACAAGAGGAAGCCAGGAGACCCCGUGAAUCCAUAAGGAACGAACGGAUAAGGGAGGACAUUGUAGCUGAAGCUGAAGCUGAUGUGGAGAUCUGCCGUGUGAGCCAAGAAAGGGACAGAGAACAGGCCAGGAGACCCCGUGAAACAGGCAGGUACGUGAAGACACGGGAGGACCUUGUGGCUGAAGCUGAAGCUGAUGUGGAGAUCCGUCGUGUUUCCCGGGAACAGGAGAGACAAGAGGAGGCAAGGAGACCCCGUGAAUCCAUAAGCAACGAACGGAUAAGGGAGGACAUUGUAGCUGAAGCUGAUGUGGAGAUCCGACGUGUGACCCAAGAAAAGCAAUGGGAAGAGGACGGGAGACCCCGUGAAUCCGUGAGGUACGUGAAGACACGGGAGGACAUUGUAGCUGAAGCUGAAGCUGAUGUGGAGAUCCGCCGUGUGACCCAGGAACGCAAGAGAGACGCCGAAGCCAGGAGACCCCGUGAAUCAGUGAGGAGGACUGAGCGUAUACUGGAGGAUAUUGUAGCUGAAGCUGAAGCUGAUGUGGAGAUCCGCCGUGUGACCCAAGAAAGGGACAGAGAACAGGCCAGGAGACCCCGUGAAUCCGUGAGGUACGUGAAGACACGGGAGGACAUUGUGGCUGAAGCUGAAGCAGACGUGGAGAUUCGCCGUGUUUCCCGGGAACGGGAGAGACAAGAGGAAGCCAGGAGACCCCGUGAAUCCAUAAGGAACGAACGGACACGGGAGGACAUUGUAGCUGAAGCUGAUGUGGAGAUCCGCCGUGUGACCCAAGAAAGGGACAGAGAACAGGCCAGGAGACCCCGUGAAACAGGCAGGUACGUGAAGACACGGGAGGACAUUGUGGCUGAAGCUGAAGCUGAUGUGGAGAUCCGUCGUGUUUCCCGGGAACUGGAGAGACAAGAGGAGGCAAGGAGACCCCGAACACAAGAGAGAAGACGAAGCCAGGAGACCCCGUGA